AUGAAUCGACCCCGUGGACCACGAACACCUCCAAUGCCACCGUGUGAAGAAGAAGUACCACCUCCACCUAUUGUACCUCCUCCGUUGGCAGCAAUGCCGCCUGCAGCUUACCCUCCUCAGGUGGCGGUUGUUCCACCGUCACCAUAUGGUGCCCCUCCCCCAAUGAUGUCUUUUCCGCCUUUCUAUCCUCCACCCAUGUUCUUCCCGGGAUGUCCACCUAUCCCGCCGAUGCCGAUGAUGCCGCAGUCCAUGAUCCAACCCACAAUACCACCUGCUUCGGCGCAAGUGAAACUAACUAUUUCCGACUUUCCUGUUCAAAAACCAGUCAAGAAAGAAGUUGAACGUGAAAAAGCAGCACUUGAACAAGCUGCUAUAGCAUCUUUACAAUGUGCCCCUCCUCCACCUCCACCUCCUGAUCUUGCUGCACCUUCACAAACAGUUUCAAUGGAACAAUCUCCGGCUACUUCUCUAGCAUGUGCUCCAAAAGUUGAGACUUCUGAAACGCCGAGCACGUCUGAUGACAGGGUCAAUCGAGAAACGUCAGCGAAAAGCUCUACACGUGCAGGUCAUAGUACUGAAAGCACCUCCACAUCUCAUCAAAACGGCAAUAGCUCUGCUGCAGAGAAAUCAAUACAGAGGAAUGGAGCUUUAUCGGAGCAGCAAGUGAAGGUCUCUCACAUGGAUUCUCUCGCUUCUGAUCCAAUCCUGGUGGACUUAUCUAAUUCGCACAAGCAACCGAAAGCUAGCCCGAGGAAGCGCCCGGAGAGACAGCGUGAGAAUACCCCUAAGUCAGAAAAAGAGCCAAUUUCCAACGGAGAAGCUGUUACUACUUCGGAGGAUCGGAAAGCGAAACAAAUAAAGCAAGAGCCAUGUUCUCCUGUGCGAAAAGUGGAUGAGAGCGUCGAACCUCUUCCGGAAAUUCAAAUUGAAACGAGAGUCGAGCUGAUGAAAACGUAUGCUUCCCAACAUGAGUGCCUGAUUACCCAUGAGAAGCUGUCAGUCAAAGCGGAGUUGAAUGUGGAGUCUGAAGCUAAGGAAAAGCUGAAAAAUGCUGACAUCAGUAACAGCAGUCUAGACGCACCUAUCAAAGUGGAAAUCGAUAUGGAGGACCAUACAGUACCGUGCUCCACAGCCACUAUCAUAAACGAGUCAGCUAACGAUGCCGUUGCCCAAAAUGGCACUGCUCCAACGCCUGAAAGCAGCGCUGGUACUGCUAUACCCUCCUUGAAUGGUAAUGUGGAUGAAAUCGAGCGGAAAAAUUCCACUCCAACCAAAGACAUGCGCUGCCCGAACAAAACCCCGCGCAAGCAGAGUCGUGUUAACCCUGAACCGUCAACGUCGUGUUCUAGUCCGAGCACGACUGCUACCCCUUCAAAAAAGUCUAAGCAAAAGAAUGGCAUGGAUGAACACACAGCUGACUGUGAAGCCACUUCAAGCAGUUCCGCGGCAGGUCAUCGAGAGGAACAGCGAAAGCAUAGCAAAUGCAAGGGAGAAAAGAGCGAGUUUCAUUCUGUAAAUCCGUCCACAUCUUCUAUUCCUUACACGAAUGGUAGCAGCAACGUGAAUAGCGGCACAGGAAGUCCGUCUUCUGACAGUCCUGCCAAAUGCGUCAAGGAGCACUGUAACACGAAUGGUGAAUCGAAGGAAGGGAGGAGUGAAAAACGCGACAAGUUGCCGAGAAUUUCCAAUAAGUUCCGAAAAUAUGUUAUCGUUGAUACGCAUCCAAAUGGUGGCGCUUCCAUUCUGAGAACGGAUUGGAAUAACAUUCGCAAAAAUUUCGACACUGAAGAAAGGAUGGAAUUCGCGAAGCAGUUCAUUCGGCUAGGGCUAGCUGAAUCAAACGGUGUUCCAGUGUUUGUGAUUGGUGUACUUGAAAAUGCCGCUUCUUAUCUUGUUGAUGUCUUCCAAUAUCUGCACGAAAAACAUCCCCAUUUGCCGGUGAAGAUUGGAUCAUUGACGAAUAAACAACUUGUCGAAACCAUGCCAUUCAACUCUUACUACAAGCAAGUUAUGGAAACGUGCCACCAUGGGACGUUCCGAUGCGGUCCAAUGCAUUCUGUGUCGAUGGUUGGCGCAAAGCAGGAGGAAUGUGGAGACUACUUCGCUGAACUGCUUGCGGAAUUGGAAAAAUCUCCAAUCCUACGGCCAAUUAUGCCAUGGGGUGAAUGGUCGGCAUUGCAUUUGGACACUGUCACCGAAUGUGAUGAUGGCCCAAUAUUUUGGGUUCGUCCAGGUGAACAGUCACUACGAACGCCGGGAUUGCUGUUUGAGGAUCGUACGCCUUGUCAUGCUGAUCACGUUGGUGAUGGCCUUGAACGGAAAACAACAGCUGCUGUAGGCAUACUUCAGUCUAUACGUUCUCCGAAUGAAAAGCCGUCUCGUCGAGCUGUGAAGGAUGUCGUUUGCUUCCAUGCCGCAGAUUUCGAGCGUAUUGUAGAAACGUUACAGCUCGAUCUGUAUGAACCUCCUAUGUCUCAGGUAUGUCCUUUGACAUUUCCAUGUCACUGUGAUCCAUUUUGA